AUGCACAAGAUGCCCGUGGUCGUGAACAAUAUUGAAAGAUCAAGGCCCUCUUCUGCAGCUAUGCUCUACUUCCUGCUUGCUUUCUCUCUCGCUACUGCCCGCUAUACCCCAGACCCCGGCACUUCCUACUACUGUGGUUCUCACACUUCUUGCUAUGCCGUUCUCGGCACGAAUCAGGAAGCGCUUCUGGCGAUUGUGGAGGACGAUCGUGCAAAAUUCCUGCGACGUCUGUAUCGUGAAACAAUUAAGGCUACCACAAAUCCAUCUUCACAGGCAUCCUGAGACCGUUUUGAAGGGGGAAAAGGUUUCAGGAUGCGCGCGAAGAUGGAUUUCUUUGAGUUCUAAAACAAGCAAGAAAGCCCAUCCGGAUUUGGUUACUAGUUCUACAUCUUCUACAGACUUCGAAACGGUGAAGAGAGCCUUUCACGUGUUAGCUGAUUUUACGACUUCAUUUUGUAGUUGAGCCUUUGAUGAGUGCUAGCUGAUUUUAUUACGACUUCAUUUUGUAAAGACUGUCAUUUUCUAACAUGUAGUUGUAUUCCAACAUACUUAGACACGCCUACCUCAUUUAUUUUUCAAAGAAGUAUGAUUUUCAAGGUCGAGAAAUCAGUAUUAACAGUACCAAAAGAAGAUGCAACUAUUGAGAUACAUGCACAAUAUGAUGCACAUCUACUACAUCUACUUCUACAUGCACCUCCUCUAAGGAUCCGAAGCUUCGUCGCGCGCAUGACUAUUUUUGGUCGCAAAUGGCAGAAGACGAUCCAGACGAGAGGCUAUUUUUAGAAGAAUACUACGUGGAUCCAUCGUGGUUUCGCCAGAACGCGCAUAAUUACCGUGAUACUUUCGUUCAGCGACAGGACGACGAAGAGGAGGAAGAGGGAGUAGAUACUUAUGACGCGGUGUGUCGUUGGAGGAUGAACAUGAACUCAAUUUAAUUACUGUUGGUCAAUGGUCAUUACUGGCUCAAGAUCCAAUGAAUGAACCUGAUUUCAAUGCCAAAUGACUGCUCACACUCGUCACCUUGAUCAUGAUCAACGCCCUUCCUUGUCUUGAACUCAUGUUAGUUCCUCGCACGAUCAUCAUUUGAACUCAAUGAAUUCCAACAUGAACCAGCAGUAAGAUCCCCCAGGUCUUUAACUGCAUUAUGACCCUUCAUGAUAUCCCAAUGACAUUGGACCCAUUUUGAUACCAUUUCAGGGCCUUAAACAGUCAGUGAUCAUUCGGCACGUCCGUUCUGAUCGUCUUUCUGUUACAUUGCAACGAUAAUCAUUCCAUUUGCUCUCAAGAGCCUCAUAGUGCGCUUGGACGUGUUCGGGUGUUCCAACAAUUACUUAGAAGUCGUUUUUUUAAAUUUAUUAUUGAAAGCAUGGCCAUUAACUUAAUUUCUACAACGUCAACGCUGUUUUAAUUUUAUAUCUAUUCUACAUGCUGAUGCUUUCCUUUUUUUGCUUUUUCUAGUUUUUAGGUUGGCUCCACCCCUCUUUUAAUAUUGAAAGCGAAAGCCACUCUUUUUGGCAGUCCCAGUGAUAUUCAUCCCCUGGCCUUGAAGAAAGACAUAAUUGUUCUGAUUGUGGAAGAAAGCCACUCUUUUUUGCAGUGAUAUUCAUCCCGUCGUCUUGAAGAAGGACAUAAUUGUUCUGAUUGUACCCUCCUACACCUACUGUUCUUUCCCUGUUGAAUCUCCCUCUUCUAAACAACUGUCGGGGAAGUGAACGCCAAUUCUUCUCCACUGCCUAGAUUUGAAGCAUGGUUACGUUCUUGGAUACAUUUCAUCCUACGGGUCACGCCUUUGGGCCAGGAAACCGAAACUGGUCGCACUAUUGUCGCCAUUAUUCUUGUUGUUAAGGAAAGGUUUGCAUACCCCGCCAAGAACAACUUCAUCGUGACGAGAAGCAUCUUUCCUGGACGAGAGUUUUUCUUUUUGUACUAAGCAGGGUGCAUGGAGGCUUCUGAGAUGCGCUUCAAGAUGAAGAUGGGUCUAAGGUCUAAUGUCGUGAUACUCUUCACCGUGUGUGAAUUUGUGCACCGCUGGAGUCAGUACGUCAUCCGCUUGCGAGGGGUCAUAGCAAGUCAAGAUUUUCGCAGACGGGCAGAACAAGUGCGAAGGAGUAACCCUAGUACUAUGAAGAUAACGUCUUCGAGUUCGAGUGGUCUUGAAGAAGGUGAAACUGAAAGUUCCACCAAGAAUAAUCUGAAUAAGAAGAUGAAGACACUAUCAUCUUCAUCUUCGAACAAAAAGAGCGUAGUUCACUCAUCAACGACAUCGAAGAAAGGAAACAAUUCAUCCAAAGAUCGUCCCAUGCUCUCUUUAGAAGAAGCAGCCAUCCACGUCUUUGAAAAUGAAGUAGUACCACACGCUUCUCCCCCAGCGUUGACAGAUCUAUUGUUGCUUAGGUUCCUUAUCUUUGUCUUCUUCUAUGGCCCAAAAGAUGUACUUCGCUUUAUGGUCUCGACAGAACAAAUGAAAGCUUGUGAAGAUCAGACUCCUACGACAUCUCCAGAUAGUGGCACUUCAACAACAUCUUUUCGCCUUGU